AUGGACGAUAUGUUACCAAAUGGACUCCUCUUUCCAAACCUAGCAGAAUUUUUCCAGGAUUUGCCUUCUGCCAAAGAACCCGGCUCCACUAUGUCAAUUGAUCAAGCCGGUCCCGUCAUAGUUCGACCCUUUCCUGACAUACAAACCUACAUAGGCGUUCACUUUCAGCAUACGAUUCCCACCACCCCUUACUACAUAGUAUUGCCUGAUGGCGGAGACACCAAUAGAUUACUCUUCUCGGCAAAUUUUGAUCCGCCGAGUACAGGGAAGUGGGUUCGGUUCGAUGAAAAAUCACGAAAAUUAAUUGGAAAACCGUCCGAGAAUGCAAAUAGAAAUACCACGGUUCUCUUGCACAUCUCCGAUCCCAUCGGUGGUAGCACAGAUACUACCAUGCACAUUCUUGUUUCAAAUUGUGUGGGUGAAAUGUGUGCUAAUUACAUUCCGCGAGAGAUUUUGGUCGUUAUUAUCACGUUGUCGGUUGCCUUUGGAGUCUGCUUGCUGUCAAUAUUUGGAUUUAUCUUGUUUAAGAGAACAAGAGAUAAGAGAUCAUCUGCACGCAAACCAUUUGCGUCAACCAACGAGAAUCUAUCGACCAUUAAUAGAAGAGAAUCUAAUGGUGGAAGGUCUCACGAGAGCAUGCAAAUUUAUAGAAACAGAGACUUUCCAAUUCCAUCGAUCGAAUCAGAUGUACAACAAAGGAAUGGUCAAGUUGUAAUGUAUAAUUUCGAAAAUAUCGCAAUAUUGAAUGGCGAUGGAUUGUUGUAUCCGGAAAUUUCGAAUGUUGAAACUCGAACACCUCAGAAGGUUGAAAGAGACACCCCCUCAUCCAACUUCGCCUCAAUCAAUAGCAAACGGCAUGUCGUUUGCAAGGAAGAUUCCGACUCUUCUUUGUAUUCUCAUUCAUCUGCCACUGCCUCAUGUGACAAUGUUUCACAAACCAUGACACUUUCAGGCAUAAAGCAGAUUUCGACUCCCGAGGAUUGUACGCCCGUCAUUCCUACCAUGCUUUACGCGAAACCCGAAAAUUUUUUUUCUCAUCAAGUCAAAUACCCUCUCCCGUCGCUGAAUUAUUAUCGACGCCAAGAGUUCACGGCGGUCACUGAUCCUGAUGAUGGUCCACUUCCUAAAUGGUUGCAUUUUCACAAGAUACAAAUGAAAUUUUCGGGAGUGCCUUCCCAACUCGACAUUGGACAGACCAAGAUUAAAGUUUUAAAAAUUGACAGAGAUUUAAGUUCGCAAGAUGAUAAUAUUAAUUAUUUGGAUUGUAAUUUCAAGGUGGUGGAGAAAAUUUUGUUAAUCGUUGAGGGUAAUGACGAUGCUUGA